AAAUCGAUGAAUAUAUAAUUUUUAAUUUCUAUUUUAAAAAUAAAUAUAAAUUCAAAAGAGAGAAAACGAGUAAAUGAAUGAAUGAGAACCUCGCCUUCUUUGUUAUCCCUAACUAUAGAUUCAGCUGUUCUUAAUCUUUCCAACAUCGCCGAUCUCUCCACUCUUCCAGAUCAUAUCGUCAUCGAUCUCUUCCUGAGAACGUUGAGAGCUGGAAAGUUAAACGAGAGAGUUCUCAAGUUGUUUAUAGCUACAGGCAAGGACGACGUCUUUUCUCUCAUCCAGGCGCUCCACAUUCAAGUCACUGUUACCCCUGUUCUUCCUACCAGAUGUUCUGAGAAAUUCUGAGAUUGGUUUAAUCAGUGAAACGCACAAGAGUUACCAGUUGCUUUUCUGAGGCCCUAUACUUUGGAAUUGGAUUGUGGUUUGUAUUUGGCAAGAUGUCGCUAGCUAUUAAGGAUGAUGAGAUUGACAUUGUAAUAGGAGCAAUCCAUUCGGAUCUGACAUCAUUCAUGAAUGAAUGGAGACCUAUGUACUCUCGAUUUCAUAUCAUAAUUGUCAAAGACCCUUAUUUGAAAGAGGAACUCAAAAUACCGGAAGGCUUUAACCUUGACGUCUAUGAAAAGAAUGACAUAGAUCGUGUGGUAGGUUCUUCUACUUUGGGUCUCUUCUCUGGCUAUGCGUGCAGGUAUUUUGGAUAUCUUGUUUCUCGUAAAAAGUACAUUAUCUCUGUAGACGAUGAUUGUCUCCCAGCCCAGGACCCUAAAGGCUUUUUGGUGGAUGCUGUUGCCCAGCAUAUUACCAACCUUACAACCCCAGCCACACCAUUCUUUUUCAAUACUCUGUAUGACCCUUUCACUGAAGGAGCUGAUUUUGUUCGUGGUUACCCAUUCAGUCUUCGGAGUGGGGUGAAAUGUGCUUUUUCGUGUGGACUAUGGCUUAACCUGGCCGAUCAUGAUGCACCUACUCAAGCACUCAAAGCAAGGCAAAGGAAUUCCCGAUAUGUUGAUGCAGUUAUGACUGUCCCAGCCGGGUCCCUGAUUCCCAUUAGUGGAAUCAAUAUCGCUUUUGAUCGGGAAGUGGUAGGACCUGCCUUGGUUCCGGCUUUGAAGUUGGCUGGGGAAGGUAAGUUUAGGUGGGAAACAAUGGAAGACAUCUGGAGUGGGUUGUGUGUUAAGGUUGCAUGUGAUCACCUGGGGCUUGGUGUGAAAACCGGACUGCCAUACGUGCUGAGAAUCGAUAGAGGUGAUCCUAUAGCAAGCUUGAAGAAAGAGUGGGAGGGUGUGAAGCUGAUGGAGGAAGUUGUCCCGUUCUUUCAGUCGAUAAGGUUGUCAAGGGAAGCUACAACAGUGGCGGACUGUGUAGUUGAGGUGGCAAAUGCUGCUAAAGAGCGGCUAGGUUCGACAGACCCCUUGUUUGCUCGUGCUGCUAAAGCAAUGCUGGACUGGGUUAAUCUCUGGAAAUCAGUUGGAUCUAUCUAAUCGCAGCCCCCGGCUGUUUAGGAAGUACCUAUUCAUGGUGUCAGCGUUUUAACAUAUAUCUACCUCGUUGUUGCAGACAUGUCGGCUUUUUCUUAAUUUUUGUUAUGGCUCUAGAGACACUGUAACUAGUAGUUCAAACCUAGUUGAAAUAAUUGGAUCGAACCGGUCAGUCGUACCAGUUUAACCAAGAUCGGUGGCUUGUUCGGUUGGUUGAACCAGAAAACUAAGACUUGUUUGGUCAAGUUGGUUUGAUUUUCAGUCUGA